ACAAGUAGGAAUCUGAAGCCAUAAAUUGCCAACACUACCAGAUGACAUUAGCAUUGUCCCAAUUCUCCCCUCUAAAGUAUAUGCAAAACUGGGUGGGAACACAAGACAUGGCGUAGUGCUGAGUUCAUAAAGAUAUAACACUUCACCAAAUAAUAUUCAGCUCCCACUUCCAACUUCAUAUCAAUCACUCCCCUCUCUUUCUUUCUCCUUAUUUAAGCUCAACAACUUCUCCCUCUCCCACAAAACUAUUCUCUACCAUGACCUUCCUCACGGAGGAUCAACAUCAUGAUCAUCACCAUGUGUCAAUCAAUGACAAUCAAUGUGAAAUUCUGACUCCCGAAGGUGCUAACUUAGGAGAAUGGCUGAGUUUAGGCCUUAAAGGAGACAUGACUGUGGAGGCAGCAGAAGAACAAAAGUCGUCAAAGGCUGAGCAGAACAAGGUAUUCUCAUGCAACUUCUGCAUGAGGAAGUUUUACAGCUCACAAGCCUUGGGGGGUCACCAGAAUGCACACAAGAGGGAGAGAGAAGCAGCAAGAAGCUACCAGUCUCAUAGGAUGAUGACAGCAAGAUCACCAAUGGGGUUUGCUUACACUUCUCUGGCAUCUAGGUCACUGGGAAUACAGCCUCACUCCCUUGUGCACAAACCAGGCAGAGAAAGGUCUGCCAUGGUGGCUAGAUUCAGUGAUGCCAACAUUAAUGGCGCUGGAGUGGCAUCCUGGACACCCUUUCUGCUCGAACAGGCCGUGGAUUUCUAUUGGCCAGGUAGCUUUCGGGCGGACUUGCCAAAACAAGAAUCAGAUGUUCAUAAGAUUGACUUAGAUCUUCGCCUCUGAUUCAACAUCACAGCCUACUACUGUUUUCUUCUUCAUCUCCCAAUAAGCUCUCAUGGCUACUAUCCUAAUUCACUGCUUUAAUUGGUUUCGCAAGAGAAACAACCAUCUCCAUGUAAUGUCUAUCACAACUCAAUGCUAAGUGUGUUUCUUUUCUUUUUCUUAAAAAUAUAUUUUUCCUUUUUUAAAUUAAUA